GGGAGUUUAGAGCAUGCGCUGCCGGGAUGAGUCGCACGAGAAGUGCCGUUCGGAUUUAGAGUCGCGUGUCGCGCGAGUUUCGUUCGGUAAAGCACGCGUCUAAAAAGUUCCGUGCCAAGUGGAACGAGUCGCAACAUCACACACUUUCUUUUAGUCGAAUCCCGAUACGUGCUUCAAUUGGUACAUAAACCUCACGUGUAACGCCGAACCGCGCUUUCCUCGAAAAUCCCAUCUACCGUCCCUAGAAUAUUCAAGCAGUUAUUGAGUCUCAAACGAUCAAAGUAAAACGAGUUCGAAGAGAAGUCUGGGAAAUUGACCCGAGUCAAAGUUCGUCUUUUCGACGAUACGUACAACUACGCAUUUGAUGAAGUGAUCGACUAGAUCUAUUCGUGAGGGAAAUAUUCUCGUGUCUCCAAAUAUUACAAAUGAUCGCAAAAUGGUGGCCAAGUCUCUACUGAUAUUACUGCCGAUAUUCCUUUCCUACGUGUGUGUGCUAGGGUUUCCUAAAGAGGUUCAGAUAGUGGGGCUGUUUGAUCAAGAUGAAGACAUCGAAACGAUGUUCGAAAUGUCAGUACAUGCGGUGAACCAAGACAGGUUCAAUAAGAGCAAAAAAUUUUCGACCACAUACUUGUUAGCGGUUGCGGAAGCUAUUACAAUGGAUCUGCACGAAACAUCAAAGACAGUAUGCGAACUGCUAGAUGCAGGAAUAGUAGGUGUUUUUGGACCCCAGGAAAAAGUGACCGCUGAGUACGUGCAAAGCAUAUGCAAUGCAAUAGAAGUGCCAUACAUCUCUGUGCGACAGGAUCUUGACCAAUCCUUUCAAGCGCGCGGGUUAAAUCUAAAUCUGUAUCCGCACGUGAAUUCGUUAUCACGAAUUUAUAAUCAACUCGUCAUAGAGUUCAAAUGGAAAUCUUUUGCAAUACUGUAUGAAAACAAUGACAGUCUGAUUCGCAUGCGUCUUCUGAUGAAGCGAUGGGACUCACGCGGCUACUCUGCAUACAUGUACUAUUUAGGCAACGGACCAAAUUAUAGGCGAAGUAUGCAAGAAAUCAAAACAUCGAACAUUGAGAAUAUUAUCAUCGACUGCUCGUCCGAGAUUCUCAGCGAGGUUCUCAUGCAGGCUCAACAAGUUGGGAUUUUAUCCGAAAAGUACAAAGUGAUUGUAACUUCUUUGGAUCUGCAAACUCUGGAUUUAGAACCAUAUCAAUACUCUGGCGUCAAUUUUACUGGCGUGCGCCUGAUUGACCCUGAAGAUCCAAUAGUGCGAGAAACCUUCGACAGGCAUAAAUGGAAUCUAAACGAUUCUUCGCAGCUACGAGUUGAACCUGCGCUCAUGUACGACGCGGUACAACUAUUUGCAAAAGCUUUUAAACAAUUGAAAGACGCUAUAAAGGGUGACGUCAAAGCAUUAAAAUGCGAUGAUAGCAGUAGGUGGGAACACGGAUUGAGUUUAAGUAACUUUAUGAGAUCGACCGAAACGAGAGGUUUGACGGGCCUUGUUAAAUUUGAUAGGGAUGGUUUCCGUAGUAACAUAGACUUGGAUAUCAUACAUUUGACUGAAGAUGGUCUGAAAAAAAUUGGUCAAUGGAAUAGUUCAGCGGGAGAAAGCAUCGAUUGGUUACCAGAAAAUACUCUUAACAAAUUAGAUAAUAAAAUGAGCAUACAAAACAAGACAUUCAUAGUUUUAAUUACGACAGGGACACCGCCAUAUGGCAUGGAAAAAGAAUCUACGAUUCAGUUGAGCGGCAACGAUCGUUACGAAGGUUUCACAAUUGAUAUAAUACAAGAAAUUAGUGAAAUACUUGGCUUUAACUAUACUUUCCAAGUUGAAAGCGGAGCUGGAAAAAAAGAAGGUGGAAAGUGGAACGGUAUGCUUGGAAAAAUUAUGGCUGAUGAAGCAGAUUUGGCCAUUACGGAUCUUACGAUUACAAAGGAACGAGUAGAGGACUUCGAUUUCUCAAAUCCAAUAUUAAAUUUAGGAAUAAGCAUACUAUUUAAAAAGCCUACGAAAGCGCCACCGAGUCUAUUUUCAUUUUUAUUGCCGUUUUCAACUGAUGUCUGGAUCUAUUUAAUUGGUGCUUACGUGAUUGUAUCAGUGUUAAUGUUCAUAAUUGGUAGACUGUGCCCUGCAGAAUGGAACAAUCCUUACCCAUGCAUUGAAGAAGCCGAAGAACUUGAAAAUCAGUUUACAUUAAAAAAUGCAUUUUGGUUUUCGAUAGGUAGUAUUAUGCAGCAAGGUAGUGAGAUAGCUCCUAUAGGCAUUUCCACAAGAAUGAUUGCAAGUUGCUGGUGGUUUUUUACUUUAAUCAUGGUAUCAAGUUAUACAGCUAAUCUAGCGGCGUUUCUAACUGUAGAAACUAUAGUUCGGCCCUUUAACAAUGUUGAGGAAUUAGCAAACAGCAAAAAUAUAAAAUACGGAGCUAAAACACCAGGAGCAACGCUAAGAUUUUUCGAAGAUUUUGUUAAUUUCAAGGAAAGCAGUUAUCCAAUAUACCAGAAAAUGUACCAAUACAUGAAUACACAUGACGUACUAGUAACAGAAUCUAACGACGGUAUAGCCAGAGUGGCAAGCGAGGACAACUAUGCUUUUCUGAUGGAAUCUGUUUCAAUCGAAUAUGAGGUCGAACGAAACUGCAAUAUUACACAAGUGGGAGGCCUGCUAGACGAAAAAGGUUAUGGAAUAGGAAUGAAGAAAAACUCGCCAUAUUUACACGAUAUAAAUACAGCUCUUUUAAAACUAUCAGAAGGAGGCAAAAUCCAGGAAAUCAAGAAAAAAUGGUGGACACAAAAAAGAGGCGGAGGCAAAUGUCAGGAAAAUGCAGGUUCCGGUGGAGCAGAUCCGCUAGAUCUCGAUAAUGUGGGUGGUGUAUUCUUGGUGCUUGCCGUAGGUGUCGCCUUAUCCUGCGUGUAUACUAUACUCGAAUUAUUUUGGGAUGUUUUCCAAAAAUCCACUAAAGAAAAUGUGUCUUUCAAACAGGAAUUAAUAAACGAAGUGAAAUUUAUUCUAAAAUUCAGUGACUCUAAACCAUUACAAAAAAAUGGACUAUCCAGCAAAAGUGAAAAUGGCAGUACAAGGGAAUGUACUCCUCCGUAUGGUUUUAUGCCAAAAGUAAUAAGAACGUCACCAAAUGACAACUAAUAAUGGAAUAAGCCUUAAAUAAUGAUAUUUAUUAUUAAUACAAAUUUCUUACUUUGUAAUGCACAACAACUCUGGAUAUUGAAUUAAAUCGUUAAAAUAACAUAAAUUGCAUCAAAAAUAUUUUAAAGCACUUGUGUGUAUUUCAUAAAAUAAUAAUGAGAAAUAUAUAAUAUUUAAUAUUGUUUUCAACAAAUUUACUUUAAAAUUGUACCCAAUGCGGCCUAAUAUGGUCUACUUGUUUUUAAGUAGUUACAUGAUGAACAAAUAACGCUAAUGUCUUACAGGCUGUCAACGUGACUUGUUUGCAACAAUUAAUUGUUCAAUUUGUGUAUUGCUAAGAGUGAAGUCAAAAGUAAAAUAAAAUUUUUGUGAUUAUUUUUAUCAUGGUCUAA